AUGGCAACUGUAAAUGUAUUUCUGUAUUUGUAUUAUUUUUUGGUAAAUGUAUCUGCUCAUGAGGAUCCUGAGUAUGAUACGUCACAUGAGAUAGACACAUCUGCUCGUGAGGAUACUGAGGAUGAUACAUCACACGUGACUGACACAUCUGCUUGUGAGGACACUGAGGAUGAUACAUCACACGUGACCGACACAUCUGCUCGUGAGGACACUACCGAGGAUGAUACAUCACACGUGACCGACACAUCUGCUCGUGAGGACACUACCGAGGAUGAUACAUCAGACGUGGCAGACACACGUAACACUGAGGAAAAUAUGGACACAAUGGUUAAUUCUGUUGGGGAGAGUGGUGUAGUUACACAAUCAACCAGACAACAUCAAAUGGAAAGUCUUCAACAAAGACGUAACCUUAUUAUGGAACAGGAUGCAGCAUUCCAAAGAUCUUUGGAAACUGACAGACAGAAGACUCAGAGAGAGAGAGAGGCCCACCGCAUUGCUAAAUGUAUAGAGGAGGCAGAGAAGAGGCGUGUCGAUAUUGUGAAUCAGAGGAUGGCUGAGGCAGAAAUGGCUUCUGAAACAGGUGGUACUUCCUUUCAGUUCCGUUAUUCUGAUGGAAGUUAUCGUAGGAGGGAUUUCCAUCUUGACAGCCCUAUGCAGAGCCUAAUUUCUUUUGCUGGGGCUGUUCCUUCUGCAACAGAGGACUUUAAUUUAACUGCUCCAAGUCUUUUCUUACAACUUCACAGUCAGCAGACUGGAACCAUAAGAGAAAAUGGUUUGUUUGAGUCAACAACCAUAUUUAUUCACUGGAUAAAUGGUGGUCAGGUUAGUUAAUCUUAAGAAAU